GACGCGUUCACUUUACCUCGAAACUGCAGAGCUUGCCCUGCGUGCACGCCACCUUCACAACACCCCUUUGUGAAGACAUCACUUCAGAGGCCCGUUUAGUCCCAGGUUCGAGUUUAUACGUACCUUGCGGACAAUCGCUUUUCUUCCAGUGGUUGCCUCGUAGGGGACUGGUGGCCGACCUCUUUAGCGCCACAACCCUCUCUUAUCGACCUCAAGAUGGCAGAGGAAAUCGUUAUCGACAAGAACAACUUUUUCAACCGCUUGUCUAGCUUCUAUUCAGCAUGGAAGGCAGACAGGCGGUCAGGAAACACUGUCUUUGGAGGAGUUGGCUCGAUCGUCAUCGUUAUGGGUAAGACGGACGAGGCCAACUCUUUCCAGAAAAGCAAUGCGAUGCAUUUCUGGUUGCUUGGAUACGAGUUCCCCGCUACCCUUUUCGUAUUCACUAUCGAUGCUAUGUACGUUGUGACUACGGCGAAGAAAGCGAAGCAUCUGGAACCUCUGAAAGGCGGCAAGAUACCGGUAGAAAUCCUGGUCACUACGAAAGAUGCGGAGCAGAAGACCAAGAUCUUCGAGAAAUGCUUGGAUAUCAUCAAAACUGCAGGGAAAAAAGUUGGAACCCUGCCCAAGGAUGCGGCUUCAGGACCUUUCGCAGACGAAUGGAAACGUCUAUUCGGAGAUAUAGCGAAGGAUGUGGAAGAAGUUGACAUCGCGCCCGCUCUGUCCUCCGCGGCUUUCUCUGUCAAGGGUCCGGAAGAACUGGUCUGCAUCCGUAACGCAGCCAGGGCAUGCAGUGGUCUCAUGUCGGAGUACUUUGUGGAUGAAAUGUCUCAGUUGCUCGAUGAAGAGAGAAAAAUGACCCACAAAGCACUUGCAUCCAAGAUCGAUGCUAAGAUCGAUGAUGCUAAGUUUUUCAACAAAUUGGCCAAACUGCCGCCCGAAUUCGAUCCUCAGCAAAUCGAUUGGGCCUAUGGUCCUGUCGUCCAGAGUGGUGGAAAAUAUGACCUGAGGCUAACGGCUACCUCUGACGACAACAAUCUGCGUGCCGGCAUUAUUAUCGCUGGGCUUGGAAUUCGCUACAAGACUUACAGCUCCAUUAUCGCACGGACGUAUUUGGUCGACCCAAGCAAAUCGCAGGAAUCAAAUUACGCAUUUUUGCUUAGCAUCCAUGAGGCUGUGAUGAAGGAUAUCCGUGACGGCGUUAUCGCCAAGGAUUUGUACAACAAGGCCAUUGGCAUCAUCCGCUCUAAGAGACCGGAGCUUGAGAAACACUUUGUUAAGAACAUUGGAGCUGGUAUCGGCAUCGAGCUACGGGAUUCCAAUAUGGUUCUCAAUGGAAAGAAUACUAGGCCUCUGAAAAGCGGCAUGACUUUCUACGUCUCCGUUGGGCUGGUUGAUGUCCAGGACCCAGAGCCCAAGGAAAAGAGCAAUGCGGUCUAUUCUAUGGUCAUCACCGACACUGUCCGUGUCGGUGACACUGGUGCUCAUAUAUUCACGAAAGAUUCGGGCAUCGAUAUGGACUCGGUGUCCUUCUACUUCGGCGACGAAGAGGAGGAGCAGAAGCCAGCGAAGGAAAAGACGGAGUCCAGGUCGAGCGCAAUCGCAGCAAAGAAUAUCACCAAGACUAAACUCCGUGCUGAGCGGCCUACUCAGAUCAACGAAGGCGCCGAGGCUCGCCGUCGUGAGCACCAAAAGGAACUAGCUGCCAAGAAAACAAAGGAGGGUCUUGAACGAUUCGCUGGCACUACUGGGGACGAGAAUGGUACCGCGCAGAAGAAGUUCAAGAGAUUCGAGUCUUAUAAGCGAGACAACCAACUUCCCGCCAAAGUCAAAGAUCUUACUGUGUACGUGGAUCAUAAAGCAUCGACGGUCAUUGUUCCCAUAAUGGGUAGACCUGUUCCCUUCCACAUAAACACAAUCAAGAACGCCAGCAAGAGUGACGAGGGAGAGUACGCUUACCUGCGAAUCAACUUCCUUUCCCCUGGCCAGGGAGUCGGCAGGAAGGAUGAUCAGCCAUUCGAAGACCUGUCUGCCCACUUCUUGAGAAACCUUACUUUGAGGUCAAAGGACAAUGACAGACUGGCGCAAGUUGCUCAGGAUAUCACGGAGCUACGAAAGACUGCUCUCCGACGGGAGCAGGAGAAGAAGGAAAUGGAGGAUGUGGUGGAACAAGACAAGCUGAUUGAAAUAAGGAAUCGCCGGCCCGUUAAGCUCCCUGAUGUCUACCUCCGGCCUCCGCUUGAUGGCAAGCGUGUGCCAGGGGAGGUUGAAAUCCAUCAGAACGGUCUCCGCUACCAGUCGCCAUUCCGGAAUGAGCAUGUUGAUGUCCUUUUCAGCAACGUGAAGCAUUUGUUCUUCCAACCUUGUGCUCACGAGAUGAUCGUUAUUAUCCAUGUUCAUUUGAAGACGCCGAUCAUGAUCGGUAAGAGAAAGACCAAGGAUGUCCAAUUCUAUCGCGAGGCUACGGAUAUGCAAUUCGAUGAGACCGGCAACCGUAGGCGCAAGCAUCGUUACGGCGAUGAAGAAGAAUUCGAGGCGGAGCAGGAAGAGAGGCGCCGCAGAGCUGCACUGGACCGGGAAUUCAAGGCCUUUGCCGAGAAGAUAUCCGAUGCAGGCAAAGACGAGGGCGUUGACGUCGACAUUCCUUUCCGGGAGAUUGGUUUCAACGGAGUGCCGAAUCGAUCUAAUGUGCUCAUUCAGCCGACUACGGACGCUUUGGUGCAGCUCACGGAGCCUCCUUUCCUCGUUAUUACGCUGAACGAGAUCGAAAUCGCCCAUUUGGAGCGCGUGCAGUUUGGCCUCAAAAACUUCGACUUGGUCUUCGUCUUCAAGGAUUUCCACAGGCCUCCGGUGCAUAUCAAUACCAUCCCCGUGGAAUCUCUUGAAGGUGUGAAAGACUGGCUCGACUCUGUUGAUAUUCCGUUCACCGAGGGACCUCUGAACCUCAACUGGACGACAAUCAUGAAGACUGUAACCAGCGAUCCUCAUGGCUUCUUCGCUGACGGUGGUUGGUCUUUCUUGGCCGCGGAAUCCGAUUCAGAGGCUGGCGACGAAUCAGAUGAAGAGUCCGCAUUCGAAUUGUCUGAGUCGGAACUCAAUGAGUCCGACGAAAGCUCAGAGGAUGAUAGCGAGUUCGAUGACGACGCUAGUGCUGAGGCUAGUGAGGAUAUCAGCGGGGAUGAAGAGAGUGAAGGCGAGGAUUGGGAUGAAUUGGAGAGGAAGGCGAAGAAGAAGGACGCAGAAGGUGGCCUUGAUGACGAUGACCGAGGAAAGAAGCGCAAGCGUUAAUCGGCGCGUCUGGUUCUAAAAAAAAUGACAACUACGCGGAACUGGCUAACAUUGUUGAUUGGGACCUUUAUUUCACGAAUGUGUUUAAUUGCAAGGCAUUUUUUUCUAUUGUGCCAGAAGCAUCAGCAAGAUGCAAUUCCGGACGCAUUGUUAUGAGCGGAGGUUGGCAAGGCAGUUUGGGGACAACUACGAUUUACCCAUGUGAUCCCUAGGUAGUUUUACUUUUACCUUAAUGCACGAACGCUUGAAAUCUUGGUCUAG